UUAGUUCAGGUUACACUUUUGCUUUAUGGGAGUGAAAUGAAUGGGUUAUAAAAAAUAUUUUUUCAGUUUUUUAGAAACAAUCAAGUAGCUUAUAGUGUAAAUUAAGAGGAAGUUGGCAGUGUGUAAUGGGUUAACGGCGGAAGGCCUGGCCUCACCUUGUAGUGCGCGUCACCCGGCGGAGUGAAGCUGUGAAGCGGCCGACAGCAUCAUCAUCUUCCAGAGAUUCACCCAGACCGUGGAGAGGAGGGGGACCCGCGCUCUGUCUCCGCCGCCUCUCGCGCACUUCUCUCGGUGUCGCUCUUAUCUGAAUCGGUGAGCAGCCGCUGGAGAGCAUCACACGAAUUCUCGACGCUCCGGGAAAUAAAGCCUCAAGAGUGAGAAGUGGACGGUCAAUAAGGAGACAUGAAGGACCGUAUGCAAGAACUUAGACAGGGGAAGGAGACAACAGAGGAAGAGGAUGAAGUCGCUGUGGGGAUGGAGAAAGGCUUCAUGGAUGAGUUCUUUGACCAGGUAGAGGAGAUCCGUGGCUUCAUUGAGACUUUGGCAGACAAAGUGGAGGAGGUAAAGAGGCAGCACAGUGCGAUCCUGGCUUCACCCAACCCAGAUGAAAAGACUAAGGCUGAACUGGAGGAUCUCAUGGCGGACAUCAAGAAACUGGCUAACAAAAUCCGUUCCAAACUAAAAAGUAUCCAGCAAACUAUAGAACAAGAAGAAGGGCAAAACAGAUCAUCAGCAGAUCUUAGAAUACGUAAGACACAGCACUCCACGCUGUCCCGUAAGUUUGUAGAGGUGAUGUCGGAGUACAACACCACACAGUCAGACUACAGAGAGCGCUGCAAAGGCCGCAUCCAGAGACAACUGGAGAUCACCGGAAGAAACACAACAAAUGAGGAGUUGGAGAGUAUGUUAGAAAGUGACAACCCAGCUAUUUUCACCUCCGGAAUUAUUAUGGACAACAUCACACAGCAAGCAAUGAAUGAAAUCGAGACACGGCACAAUGAAAUUAUCAAGCUGGAGAACAGCAUCCGAGAGCUGCAUGACAUGUUCAUGGACAUGGCAAUGCUGGUGGAAAGUCAGGGUGACCUGGUGAACAACAUUGAGCAUUGUGUUUCAGGGGCCCAGAAUUAUGUGGAAAAUGCAAAAGAGAACAUCCCUAAAUGCAAAAAGUUUAAAAAGCCUAAAAAGGGUGAAAUGAUAGACCGCAUAGAGUAUAAUGUGGAGCACUCUGUAGACUAUGUGGAAAGGGCAGUAUCAGACACUAAGAAGGCAGUUAAAUACCAGAGUAAAGCACGAAGGAAGAAAAUCAUGAUUAUUAUAUGUUGUGUGAUCCUGGGCAUUGUUGUUGCUUCCGUAGUCGGAGGCACACUAGGUUAGACACAUAAUGGCAGCUGCACAAGAGCAAAAACACACCACACUUUUACAGUUUCCUGGUCAACCUCUGUCUUCAACAUGAUGUACAAUAGAUUUUACUCACUGGACACAGGCUGAAGGUGUUUUUUGCAUGAGUUGCUAUUUUGUAAAAACGUGGUGCUGCAAACUGUUAUCUUGAGUGUUGUAAAAAGUGAAAUGGUACACUCUAAUAAUGAUACAUUCCAGGCGAACGUAAGAGGCCAAUAUUCAACAGUGUUGGUUUUGUUUUGUUAUGUUGUCUCUUUUAUCUGCCAUAGCGCUAAAACAGCAUGUUUUAUACACAAUUUUUUCUUUUACGUGGAAUAUGAGUUUGAAUCUUGGCCUACCAUAGACUGUCUGUGGGUCCUAUAUUGUAAAUUGGGAGAAAUCUGUUGCUGCCAGGUGAGUAAAAAUCAUUUUCAAACAAUAUUGACAUAUUUGAGAUUGAUUGUCUGUGGGAAUGGUGAGUCUGACUGUGCUUUGGUGUUGAGGUUUGUUUGCAUGAAAAAUAAAGGUUGCACUUUUGAGGAAGUCUAAAUAGUGCAUCUGUUUGGACUCUAACUGAUGCAUCAUUGUCCCAAGGAUGUGAUAUAAAAGAACUAUUUUUCUUUACCUGGCAAAUAACUGAUCUAUCUGGAAAUUACAAAAUCACUUGAGCUGGUCUUGCAGUCUUUCUGCAUUUCUGACUCCAGUGUUGAGCGCAUGCCGUACAUGAUGUUUCGUGGCAAUUUGAUUGAGCUGAAUUCUGUAACAAAGAAGGAGCCACUUGUGUCCUUGUUUUAUAAGUGUAUACUGAUAAACAAGUCUCUCUAACACUGCCAGUAUGUUCAAAUGAAAUAAGCUGUUUAACUCAUGUUGUAUGUUUUUAUUUCGAAAACCUAAGCUUUAAUCUGUCUUUUGUCAGCUAAUUUAGAAAAUAUGUGCAUGGAGGCCUGGUGACAUAAACAAACUACAAUGUUUACCAUGUUGCCUAUACAACUUGUUGCCUUGUGUUGUAUUGUGUAUAUGGUUGGUUUCUGUUGAGAUUUUUUCAAGUAAACUUUGUCUGAAGAAAAAAAACAUACUUUUGUUUGUAUUCAUUGUUUAAUAAACAAACUGGACAUACUCAAGAGUUCAAAACUACAUUAUCCAUCAAAAUAAACACAGUACAGUAACUGUCUGAGGUCAAUAGGUCCUGGUGUCAGAACAAGUUAUUUUCUCUGGGAUGUCAUUAUAGGGUGUGGUGGAUACCUCUGCCACCACUCCAUAGUGUCAGUAUUAUUUAAUUUUCAUUGUUAUUUACAUUAAGUUAAUUACACUACACAUAAUUUAAUUCCGUUAUUUAUACUUAUGUUCUAAUUUGAGU